AGAGAAAGGACAGAAAUCAGAAGGAUCCAUCUCAGAAUUAACAAAGAGAACAGCUGAAUGAUCAUUCAUUCUUCUGCAGAGAGGUCUUCGCUGGUGGUUUCAAGCUUAGCAUCAUCCUGAAGAGCUACAAAACAUAACGUUCAUAAACAACAUUCAUAAAAGUCGACAAAGACGUGAUGCACACUCCAGUGUCCAUGCUGUUGGGGGUGGUAUUCGCUCCCUUGGGCCUUGUGCUGGUGUUCACUGCAGCGAUCACGCCGCAGUGGAGGGAGGGACAGGCGCGGUUGGGUGCGGCAGGGCGUGCCGGAGCAACGGAGCUCCUCCUACUUCGUUCGGACGGCCUAUGGGAGAGCUGCCUGCAGGUGGUGCACUCUGAAGUUAAAGAGUGCUGGCCCGUGUCGGGGUCCUACCAGCGGGAUGCUCGGGUUCGAAUGGUCCAGGGGAUGGUGCUGUCAUCUCUUUUCCUGUGCGGUGCAGGGAUUGUCCUCGCCAGCGUGGGUGUCCGCUGCUGGACUGAUAUCCCGCUUAGGAGCGUAGCGGCAGCUGGUGGCCUGUUGGUGGUGCUGGCGGGUGUGCUCAGUCUGGCUGCGUUAGGAGUGUACACUCAUAAUCUUUCAAAGCUGGGGAUCGAGGUGGAUUCAACCGUAUCAGAGAUGCAAGGACUCAACGUACACAAGCCACCCCGACUAACGUUACACCCGGCCGGGUCGCUUUAUUUCGGGUGGGUGGGAGCUUGGGUACAGGUGCUGGGAGGGGCCGCGCUGCUUUUUGGGUUCAAAAGCAUGAAGUGUUCAUCCUGCCAUAAGCAGAGACUCAAAGACAGUGCAGAGAUGUAUGAGGUGAACUGUUAGAUGGAUGAAGGUGAAGGUGAAGAGACUUAUGGUGUUUAAACACACUGGCACUUGACUCAAUGUAGUGCAGCUGUAGUGUUUAUGAAUUGGACAAAUAAGACAUGGGAAAUGAUACACGUGAUGUUUCUAAAAAGAACUAUAUUAAAAUAUGUAGGAAACUGUUAACAGAAGCCUUAAGGCCUGUUCACACCAAGAACUAUACUAUAAAGAUAACUAUAACAAUAACUCUAUAUUAGCGUCCAUACCAACAAAGUCAGGUUAAUUCUGAUUGUCAAUGUUUUUGUCAUGAAUCUUUUUGAAAGCGAUUUCAAAGACAUCGCUCCUCUGUGUCGUUAUCAUUAUUGCUUUAAAACUUUAUAUGGGUAUCGUCCUUGGUGUGAACAGGAUGUCGGUUCACACAGAACACGCUUUUGCUUUCUUCUGCGCUUUAUAAUUUUUUCUGUAUUCUACAAUUCUAUUUAUUUACUGUUUUGUUUUUGCUUUUGUCAAUUUUUAAAAACAUUACUCGAGACAUUGCGUUCCUUUUUACUCUCAUGCGACGCGCCUCAUUUAAACGCAAAGAUGCGUUCUGUGUGAACGGUCCCUCAGCUGAUAAGACAAAUAUUGUAGCCUAUGAGUUGUCUAUUUCGUGGCAGAUUUUACUGUUGAUCACGACAGUACUGUAUUAUUCUUUCCAAAGCUGUCGUAAAAUGAAAGCAAUGUACUAGUGUCACAAGGCUGUUGGCAUUUGUGGCUUUUCCGCUAUUACUGUCUUUACUUGAUAAAUCUUAACGUUGUAAAUAUGUGUAGUUAUUGACUGCAAUACUAUGUGUUAGACUACUGAUUAAAUGUUUCAAAGCAUUUUUUUCCUGCUGCCCAUGCCAUGUGAAAAGUAAGACUGCUUGUAAUUGUAAUAGGCCUAUAUCAUCACACCUGCACAAACUAUCUAUUGGCUUGUCAUGCUAACUAAUAAUGAUUGUACGCAAAACUACUUUUUUUGUUUAAAUACACAGCCACCUGACCUGUACAUUCCCACAUCACAAAGAGAUGAGGUCAGAAAAUG